AUGCAUCAACGUAUGGCAGAUCUACCCAGCGUACGUACACAGGAUGGAUGCGACUAUGCAGGACCAAUUCUUCUGAAAGACGCUAAGGAGCGCAAGCCGCGCAUGAGCAAGGGCUAUAUGCCUAUUCGCAAAUGUACUCGCAUGUACAGCGACAACGGAACAAAUUUCAUCGGAGCCAGGAGAUCCCUGGAUGAAAUGCAGCAGCUACUGAGCUCAACACAACACAAGGAUCACGUAGCGAACUCCCCAGCAGACGAAGGUAUCCAAUGGACCUUCAUCCCACCUCGUGCUCCGCAUUGGGGAGGAAAGUGGGAAUCAGCAGUUCGAUGUGUCAAACUGCAUCUUCGACGAGUCAUUGGCAGCAGCACACUAACCCAUGAGCAAAUGCGCACCUUGCUGGCGCAGAUCAGUGCGGUUGUCAACUCAAGACCCUUAUGCUACACAUCGGAUACAGACAGCAACUAUCUGUCACCAGCCCAUUUCCUGAUCGGGCGACCAAUUACGACGAUCCCGGAGGCGGAUCUUGGCCACAUUCCUAAGUACCUGACGAGUCUUCAGCAGCGACCAAAGUGGACCAAGGCAACAACCAACAUCAAGAUUGGCAGCGUUGUGCUCGUCAAGGAGUCCAACACACCACCAGCAUCAUGA